AGCGACCUCCAGUCUCCCUCGGAUGUUAAAUCUCCAGCCAUGGCUGAACUGAACCUAACCCUUCCUUCCAUUCCUGAAGUCGCAUCGGAUGAUGAAAGAGGAGAUCAGGCUGAAGAUGGCAGAAAGACAGCAGAGUUGGCACCUGCGCAAGUAGGAGCUUCUUCCUUGAGCACGUCGCCUCCCUGUCCGGAGGAGGGAAGAGGGCCAGUGCCUGCCGGGGACCUGCGUGACUUUGGGACCGAAGCACCCACAGCGGCCAUCGAUGCCCCUUUGGUGCAGGCCACAGCUCCAGGAGGUCACAUGCCACAGCAUGGCGAGAGCUCGAGCUUGGAUAAACAGCUGCCAGGCCCUGGCGGUGGCGAGGAAGAAAAACCGAAGGGAAGCGGGAGGCCGGGUCAGCCUGCUGGCCUGUCCCUGGACUCUGCCGUGGCCAGUCCCCCCCUUUCUGAGACCUUUCCUGCCACACACUCUUUCCCCAGCUCUCCAUGUUCUGACACUCACCACACCAGUACAGCAGAAUCUCCAAAAAAGGUAACAGCAGAGGGCUGCGCCGGUAAAGUUGACAGUUUUGGCAAGAGGAAGCCGCUCCUUCAGGCCUGGGUGUCCCCCUCCGAGACGCGCACGGGCUCGGCUCAGCCGGGCGCGCACAGACUUCAUCCUGUGAAGCCAAUGAGCACAACAGCUACCAAGAUUGCAAACUCCAGCUUGGGAACUGCCACCAUCAUCAGUGAGAACUUGAUCAAUGAAGCCAUGACGAAGUCUCCAAAGAAAUACAGCCCCUCGGACCCGGCCUUUGCCUAUGCGCAGCUGACCCACGAUGAGUUGAUUCAGCUGGUCCUCAGGCAGAAGGAAACGAUAAGCAGGAAGGAGUUUCAGGUUCGGGAGCUGGAAGACUACAUCGACAACCUGCUGGUCAGAGUCAUGGAGGAAACCCCCAACAUCCUCCGCAUUCCGGCUCAGGCUGGCAAGAAAGCAGGAAAGGUGUGAGUCACCUGAAUAAAACACUGGGACAUUUUCGUGAGUUUUUUUCCACCUGCUCUUGAGGUCAGGGACUGCGUAUGCCUGAGGAUAACCAGCCAACAGGCUCCAGAUGACACCUCUCUUGCCUGUUAUCUGGCAAUUCAGUUCUACCAAUUGAAGCCAGGUUAAUUAUUACAAUGAAUCUUUUACUGUACAUUCCCAGGGUUUUAUUUUUAAAUACCACCGUGCCUUUAACUAGGGUGUGAAUACUUUAUUCCACCAGAAACAUGGUCAUAAGAUCUGAUCCUGAGCCGGAAGUACAGGUGGCACAGGAGGUGUUAAUGCAACUUAACACUGGGGUUUUAUUUCUUUGACAUGAGAUUUUUUUCAAAUACGUAUCCUCCAGUUAUUAAAGCACAGGGUGACAUGGGGAAAGAACCAUGCAGCUGGUGCUGUGUCACACACACUUUCUUGGCUUUUGAGUAGCUCAGGUGUGGCCUUUUGGCUAAAUUUUGAUAUCAUGUAGACCUAUUGGGCUACUUGGGUGUUGUUUCUUGAUGGGAGCAGAGGAGUUUAGGGGAUGCCUCUGAGUUUACCUUCUAGGUUUUGAACAAGUUGCCUUUUCGGAACAUCAGCUUCCUCUUCUCUGUAGCCUUAAAAUGUGCUCUGUUUAGAUCCCUAAAGCCCUUCUACUGGAGAUAUGAAAGAUAGAAUACAAGGAUUAAGAGAAUCACUUUUUACUCAAUUAGGGGGAACGUCCCUCCUCUUGUGACAGGAGGGUUCCCGCUGGCUGGACUGGCCUAUUCAGUGCCUUAAGGGAUUGGGUGAUCGAGCACUUGCUAAAACCGAUCUGUCAGGUAUGGAUUCCUUUGGCCAUUUCCCCCUGUGCCUUUGCUUGGCUCCCUGGUGUCCUUGGCAGCACUUCCUGGAGGGGGUCAGGGUCCAGCUCCUCGAGAUGAAGCAGCCCCUUAACUGUGCAGGUCAUGGGGAACCAUAACUUGGACCCUGAAGGGCUUGAGCUGCAUGUGACUGUCCUUUGAAUUCUUCCUGUCCCUACCUGGAAGAAAACCCAUCACUUCUGGGUACUGGAGAGGUUGUAGUGAGGGGCUUUAUAUAGCUAAUAAAAUUUAAAAGCCAGUGGAAAACAGAAAUGCCUCAGACUUUAAACUGUUGCUUUUUUCCACUUUCCUUCAUGAAAAUAGACCCAGGCAUUUUACCUCCUUGUUAGAAAAUUGUGAAAAGUAUCACAAGAUGAUACUUACUUUUGGAUUGCUAUAUUUUAAAAACCAGAUUAAUACACAUUUUUUAAAACUAGGGCACUUGCCCCCUUCUUAAUUAAUAGCAACAGUUCAUAUUCUUCAGGUAAUUUUAUUGUUGGUCACCUGAUACUGGAAUUAGAAUGUUUUUGCGUUCUCAGUUUUUCUCCUGGUUGUGAUAGAAUCUCAUCAAAUCUUGACAUCUCUCAUAGGGGAAGAACGUCACAGGCCACUGGUGUAGGCAGGGCUUGAGACGAUAGCAGUUAUUAAAUCGGGAAUCUCUUGUCUGUAUGUUCUUGUUACAUUGUGGUUAAGAAGCCAGAUUAUUGGCAGCAGAAUCCCUUUUCAGGAUUAUGUUUGCUGCAGCAUUGAUUAUAUUGGAGCACUUUAAUCUGAGAUGAUAUGUAACUUGAUUUAUCUAAUUAGCGUUUAAUUAUCUACAGCUAUUUUAUUUUAUUUUAUUCUCUCCUACAGUACUGGGGAACACUGUGGACUUCUCAGAUGACUUGUAUUUUCGUAGUGCUGUGAAAUUUAUUUACAUACCUAUAAAGAUAACUAUAUUCACUUGAA